AUGAUACCCGCACGUGCCUUUUCCAGUUCCAUCUUGAAGACAGCAACGAGGCGGCAGUUUUCGUCAAGCAUAAGGCGAGAUGCAGACUUCACACAUGCUGUAAUUGGCGGUGGUGUAGUCGGACUAGCUAUUGCUCGAAAGCUGCAAGAGAGAGAUGGCGCAUCGACUGUUCUGAUUGAAAAGCAUGGGUCCGUCGGUACAGAAACGAGUUCAAGAAACAGCGAGGUCAUACAUGCGGGUCUCUAUUACGGCACCUCCUCCCUCAAAACCAAGCUUUGCCUAAGGGGCAAGGAGAUGAUGUACGACCUUUGCCAAAAACAUUCCGUACCACACCGUAACACGGGAAAGUGGAUCGUUGCUCAAGACUCUGCUCAACUCGAUGCAAUCACCAAAGUCCACGAGUUCGCUUCCAGCGUUGGUGUGCCUACGCGCUUCCUCUCCACCAAAGAAGCAAAAGAGCGAGAACCAGACGUCCGGGCCGAGGCUGGCGUGCUUGAGAGCUCGUCGACCGGAAUCGUUGAUUCGCACAGCCUGAUGCAGUUUCUAGAAGGCGAUUUCCAGAAUAAGGACGGAGUCUGCGCAUUUCAAAGUGCGGUGGUGAAUGUGGAAGCCGUCGACGCCGGCCGCGGAGGAUGGGAGAUCACGACCCGCAGCCCAGAUGGCGAGGAGACGACAAUAACAGCCGAAACACUGGUCAACUCUGCGGGUCUGUACGCUGUGGCAAUAUCAAACAUGAUCCUGCCCUCGGACCGGCAAAGAAAAGCCUUCUACGCAAAAGGAAGCUAUUUCAGCUACUCCUCCUCGCGGCCCAAACCCAGCACGCUCAUCUACCCAGCCCCCGUACCCGGCCAUGGCGGCCUGGGAACACAUCUCACUCUCGACAUGGGCGGCCGCGUCCGCUUCGGGCCAGAUGUAGAGUGGACGGAUUCGCCGACUGACUACACCCCGAAUUCCAAGAACCUCGCCGCCGCGAUAGAUGACAUUCAGACCUACCUGCCCGGCAUCGACCGGUCGGCAAUCGCACCAGACUAUGUGGGGAUACGACCGAAACUGGGAAAGUUGGCAGCAACGAGCGACAAAGAUUUUCAAGACUUCUAUAUUGAGAGAGAAGCCGGUUACCACGGAUUCGUGAACUUGCUUGCAAUAGAAAGUCCGGGACUCACGAGUAGUCUAGCGAUUGCGGAGGAGGUGGAGAGGUUGUUGUAUGGGUAG